AGACUGAACUUGGGUUUAUAAAAAAGCAUUUAUCCUAUGUUGAUGACAUUCGUGUUAUAACUGUCUUUAAGGUAUCACAAGUGAAUAAUUAAUUUUCUGAUUUGUUCGGAAUGUUGUGGACACUGCUUGUAGGUUUAGUGCUAAAUAAUAAAGUGGGCAACACAGCAUAUGGAUAUUAUCAGGACGCGCCAACAGACUCUUCAAACAGUGAUCCAUACACUCGAGUUUAUUAUUCCACUUCACCAUACUUGAACGCAAACUAUGCACCGAGCAAUGAUCAGUUUACGAGUGGGUCAUCGAGCCCCUUAGUGCAUUCUUUACCGCAGCAUGAUCAAGACGCUUCUCAGUCGAUAAGACUUCCAUCUUACCAGAACACUUUCGAGGAACCGGGGUAUCCACCUGAAGAAUAUGGCCCCUACCCAGUAUCUGAUGAGAAUAAUUAUCAGCCUAUAUCCUACGAAGCAGGACCUAUACCAAAUUUACCAACAGGUCCUGCACUACAUGAACACCCAAAACUCGAAGUCGGCCCCAGCUCGGCGGCGGAAGUACACCCCCAGCCUACGUAUCACCCAGUUCCCCAAACAACUAUCCACGUUAACAAUGAACAAGUUCCAAUUCCCGUCAGCCAGCAUAUUCAAAUCACCAAACAUGUACCAAUUCCAAUAAUUAAACCAAUCCACAUACCAGUCGCGAAGCCAGUUCGUGUUGAAAUACCACAUCCUGUUAUCGUUCCUGUUCCAAAACCAUAUCAGAUAAGGGUUCCAGUUGUGCAGCCUAUAGCGGUUCCAAUGGUGAAGGAAAUCACCAUACCCGUUGAAAAAGUCGUGCCGUUCCCGGUAGAAAAGAGGAUUCCUUACACAGUUGAGAAACACGUACCGUACAAAGUGGAGAAGCAUGUUACGGUUCACGUUCCUCAGAUAUAUCCUGUUAAGGUACCGAUCAUUAAAACAAUUAUUCACAAAGUUAAGACCUAUGGUCGUCUAAAUCUUCAUGGAGUUGGCUGGAAUUGAAGACGUAUAAUCUGAAAUCCGAAAACGGAACUCAACUAAUUAUUGCUGAUAAGUGUUAAAUGUUAUUGUUGUUAAUUGUUGAAAGUAUUUAUUAAAAGUAAAUUAUUU